CACCGGCGCUUCCCCGGCCUUGGGGAAGGGAAAAAGGGAUAAGGCACCGGCGCUGAGGACCCACCCUCGGAAAGCCGGCUGCCAUUGAGCAGCCUCCCCCGGGGCUGGGCCCUUUAAAUUAAAUUAAAACAACAGACGCUCACAAAACAUCAUCACAAAACCACAAACUAAACACCAGCCCCAGCUACACACACCUCCGGCGAGUCGGCCUGGGCCCGGGAGCCUUUCCGCUCGCCCCGCCGAACCAGCAUUUUUGCCCUGAAUCUCAGAAGAGAAUUGUCAAACAGAUCCCAGACCCAGAGAGCAGGUGCUUUGGACAAUGAACUGGAUCAGCCCAUUCCUGAUGUAAAAAUGUCACACGGCAACCGGGAGCUGGUGGUUGACUUUCUUUCUUACAAGCUCUCACAGAAAGGAUACAGUUGGAGUCAGUUUGAAGAUGAGAAUAGGACUGAGGCCCCAGAAGGGACAGAAAUACCUAGUACUGUGAAUGGUAGCCCCUCUUGGCACCCUGCUGACAGCCAUGCAGUGAGUGGGGCCACAGGACACAGCAGCAGCCUGGAUGCCCAUGAGACAAUACCAGUGGCUGCUGUGAAGCAAGCUUUGAGGGAGGCAGGAGAUGAAUUUGAACUCCGGUACCGACGGGCCUUCAGUGACCUGACAUCCCAGCUCCACAUCACUCCAGGGACGGCUUAUCAGAGCUUUGAGCAGGUAGUGAAUGAACUCUUUCGGGAUGGGGUGAACUGGGGCCGAAUUGUGGCAUUCUUCUCCUUCGGAGGGGCACUGUGUGUGGAAAGCGUGGAUAAGGAGAUGGAAGUCUUGGUAGGACGAAUCACCUCCUGGAUGGCCACUUACUUGGAUGACCACCUAGACCCUUGGAUCCAAGAAAAUGGCGGUUGGGACACCUUCGUGGAGCUUUAUGGGAAUGAUGCAGCUGCAGAGAGCCGGAAGGGCCAGGAACGCUUCAACCGAUGGCUGCUGACUGGCAUGACAGUGGCUGGUGUAGUCCUACUGGGGUCCCUAUUCAGCCGGAAGUGACCAUACACUGAAUCUACCUUGGAACCUCUCUGAUCCACCCACUUCAACCCAUCUUGGCCUAUACUCUGUGCUGACACAGAGGCAAUCCACUACAUGCAGCUGAUGUCUAUCACAUGGGGCUAAACCUGACCUUCUCCUAUGGUCCCAACCCCCUUCCCACCUCCAAGGUCCCCAGUAGUAUACAGUCUGAGACCCUUUGGGCCCUUUUUCUGUUCAAUUUCUAAGUCCUCCAAAAAGAAAAAAACAAAAACAUGCAAUUUCUUGAAGCUCUACCACACUGGGGGUGCUGGCUGCCUGGUCAUGACUUCUCUCCUUCCUCAGACUUCUAUAACUGGGCCCUUCCCCAAACCUGACCAAAUCAAGAAGAAUCAACAAAAAAAAAAAAAAAAGAAAAGAAAAACUUAUAAAAACACCCAUAGAAUUUUCCAGGGGGAAAAAAUAAUAAAUCAACUUCAUUUUUUUGCGUGUGUGUUAUGAGAAUGGAUAAUUUUACUCCCCUUGUAGUCCCUAAUGUUGGGAAGGGCCAAGAAGAGGUAUUCUCAGAUCUAGGCCUCUACAUUAUUACUAAGGUCAGAUUUUCUGUAAGGACUUCCUGCUUGAAGCAGGGGGUGGGUGGCUUGCUUGUGUAACCUUGUAGUUAGUUGUCACAGGUUCCAGAUCACCAGGUUUGGCCAGCCUUAGGCACCUCUCCAAGCAUACUGCCCCUUCUGGUAACUCCAAAUCAUGCCUCACCCACCACCUUCAGAGGUAGCCUAGGAAUCCAGUCAUACAGGUGACCCAAAGUGUCUCAGGAUAGUGACCUGCCAUGGCUUUGACUGUCUUGGCUGGUGAGUUGGACCAAUAUUUCUUGCUGGAGUUAGUGGGCUUACAGAAGGAAGGUAUUGAUGGUUGUCAGUUCAACACCAUAUCUGAGUCCUCAAACUGCUGAAUAGCCCCUCCCACCCCAUUUAGCUCCUGCCCAUCAAGAGAAAACAGGAGGUAUAGGGAGAGACCCAGGAAAAGUAGCAACUGAGAGCUGUUUAGAGCUGUAUUCCUUAGUCAUCUUAGUUCUUGGAGAUCUCAGGAGAAUGUGGAUCUGCCUCUCUCCUGAAUCACUUUCAACCAAUGCCCUGGAAAAAAGGUGAAACUCAGACCCAAAGGUGAAGGGGAGCCCCAGGAUGCCUAGCAAUACCUGGGAGUGCUUACCGGGGCUCUCAGGACCCCUCCCAUUUAAGGUGGCAUGUUCUAGUGGAGUAAGUACUGCUCCUAGGACUUAGAAGACCUGGGCCCAAAUCUCAGCUUCACCACUAAGAACUUGUGUGACCUUGAGCAAAUCAGUCCUCUGAGCCUCAGUUUUCUCUUCUGUCAAAUGAGGGAAUGGACUGGCUGAUCUCUAAGAUCCUGAUAGCCUGACUGUGUUUGCUUGGUGACUGAAAAUGGGGAGGAGGGAGAAGGGAGGUUGGUUCUGAGAAAGAUUUGACUCCACCAUACUAACUUCCCUCUCGGGCCAUACCCCAAAACUCCCUCCCUGAGCUUUCAGAAUUCAUAUUUUGGGUGCUUACUGCUUAGCCAGGCCAGGCUGUUUGUCGCUUUCCGCAGCCUGCCAACCUAUGACCUCUCUCAUGGGUCUGAGUCCGUCAUGUAAGUGGCACCAACCUACCAUUAAAAAUGCUUUUCUUAUCCCAGUUGAUGGAUCAGCCAAUUCCUCAUCACCACCCUUUGACUCUCCCCAUGCCACCUUGCCCCUGUAUCAUAGUCUUGUCUCUGCUGUAUAUAUUUGAGAUUAGUUUUUAUUCCUUGUGAAGAUGAUAUACUAUUUUUGUUAAGCGUGUCUGUAUUUAUGUGAGGCUCUGCAGGGCUGCCGUGUGGUGAACGCUUGGGGAGAUGGUUCCCCCUCCCCCAUUUAACCCCACCUUCCCCUUCAGUGCCCCUAGGUGUAGGGGAGACUGAUAACUCCCCAGCCCAGGCCUAAGGGUCUUCCCUCUCCCAUAUCCUGGCUCUUUGAAGUAGUCUGUGUGAUGGUGGAAGUGCAGUUCAACUAAUAAAUUGUGUUUGAUUUGCUGGUA